CGAGUAGCACGAGUGACCCGCAGGCCCGAGGCUGGAGGCGAGGACAACCUUGCCCGUGGCCCGCGCGCUCUUCGGGAUCAUGCACCUGGCGCUCUUAGUGGGGCACAACUUAAGGAAAUGUGAUAUGAUUGUCCAGAGUGGGUUGUCCUCGAGAUUUCAUUUCCGGGUGUGGUAGCCGGCGAUUCAGAGCGAGCCGAAACGUUGCCAUUAGUGAUGAACGUGAAGUUGUCAGGCAGUGACCUUGAUUGGGGUCUGAUGAGAGAGUCAUUUUAAUCAGCCUUCUGUUACCAGUCUCCAGAUAGGAAGAGAAGCAGAAAGAUGUUACUGUAGAUGGAAAGUGGAAGGGCAGGGUAUGGAUGCUCAUCGUGGAAUUCGUCCAAAAUUUUACAGGCCACGACCACGUCGAUAUGGGAGUAGUGGAGGCCCUUUAGUGAAGAAAUGGAACAAUGUGUGUAAUGAUGGAAUCUCCUCUCUAACCACCACCACCUGUUCUUGAUAAGCGAGCAAGAGGUUGGAUCAAGGGAGAAGGAAAAGAAGUCAACAUGAAGCUAAAGCAGCGAGUUGUGCUGUUAGCAAUACUCCUUGUCAUCUUUAUUUUCACCAAAGUUUUCCUGAUUGACAACUUAGAUACAUCAGCUGCCAACCGGGAGGACCAGAGGGCUUUUCACCGAAUGAUGACAGGCUUGCGAGUAGAGCUGGCACCCAAGCUGGACCACACCUUGCAGUCUCCUUGGGAGAUUGCAGCCCAGUGGGUGGUGCCCCGGGAAGUGUAUCCCGAAGAAACCCCAGAGCUGGGGGCAGUCAUGCAUGCCAUGGCCACCAAGAAAAUCAUUAAAGCUGAUGUGGGUUAUAAAGGGACGCAGCUGAAAGCCUUACUGAUACUCGAAGGAGGACAGAAAGUUGUCUUCAAACCUAAGCGGUAUAGCCGGGACUAUGUGGUGGAAGGGGAGCCAUAUGCCGGUUAUGAUAGACACAAUGCAGAGGUGGCAGCCUUUCACUUGGACAGGAUUCUGGGUUUCCGCCGAGCUCCUUUGGUGGUGGGCAGAUUUGUUAAUCUACGGACAGAAAUCAAGCCUGUUGCCACGGAGCAGCUGUUGAGUACCUUCCUAACCAUAGGAAACAAUACUUGUUUCUAUGGGAAGUGCUAUUACUGCCGAGAAACAGAGCCAGCGUGUGCCGAUGGAGACACGAUGGAGGGAUCUGUCACUCUUUGGCUUCCAGAUGUAUGGCCUCUGCAGAAACACCGACACCCCUGGGGCAGGACUUACCGGGAAGGCAAAUUGGCCAGGUGGGAGUAUGAUGAGAGCUACUGUGAUGCUGUGAAAAAAACAUCCCCAUAUGACUCAGGCCCGCGCCUCUUGGACAUCAUUGACACCUCUAUCUUUGAUUACCUGAUUGGCAAUGCUGACCGCCAUCACUAUGAGAGCUUUCAAGAUGAUGAAGGCGCUAGUAUGCUCAUCCUUCUCGAUAAUGCCAAAAGCUUUGGGAACCCCUCGCUGGAUGAGAGAAGCAUUCUUGCCCCUCUCUAUCAGUGUUGCAUCAUUCGGGUUUCCACUUGGAACAGACUGAACUACCUGAAGAAUGGAGUGCUAAAGUCUGCCUUAAAAUUUGCCAUGGCCCAUGACCCCAUCUCUCCCGUGCUCUCCGAUCCUCACCUGGAUGCUGUGGACCAGCGGCUGCUGAGUGUCCUAGCCACUGUGAAGCAGUGCACUGACCAGUUUGGGAUGGACACUGUGCUAGUGGAAGACAGAAUGCCUCUCUCCCAUUUGUAAUUCUCAACACAAAAUAAGUGAGACUUAUUUUUACAAAGAUAGAGAAACAGCACAAUCAAUUCCAAAUGGUAUCAGAUGACUUUGGAAGUUGUCAGCAGCAAAUUUUGGUAGUAGAGGACAGGGUGGCCUUGGGUGUGUUUGGUGUAGAAACUGAGGCAGACAUAUUUCAGAGCGCGAGAUGUUCCUGCAGAACCACCUCUGACUUCCUCGGUAGUGGCCCAUUUUAGCAAUGGGUUUUAGCGUUGGUUAGUUUUAAUUCCCAUGCCAAAGGACAAACAAGUGUGACGUUGGAUAGGUGGAUGCUGCAGGUGCUUCCAGAGUGUGUUUUGAGGUGAAUCUUAUAGUCCUUUUUCCACACUUGUGGAUUUUGUGGAAACACUUUAUAAUUUCUUGUCUUUUUUUUUUUAAUCGGGACUACUCAAAUUGGAAAGUUUACUGCUACCUACAGAGUAGCAGCAAAUAAAACCCUGCAUUCUGUCGAGCCAAAAUAGAAUACACUGUUGAAGGGGGAUACAUUUGUAAGAUAGAAUUGGCGGGAAGGGUAAAGGCAGGAAGAUACAAUCUGUUAAGCAGUUGUGUUGUAUGGUUUUGAUGAUUUUAUUUAUUUAUUUUGGGGGGGUACUGGGGAUCGAACUCGGGUCCUUGCGUUUGCAAGGCAGGCGCUGGAACCACUAAUCUAAAUCCCCAUCCCUGGUUUUGAUGAUUUUAGAGGAGGGAAGAAGAUAGACACUCAGUAGAACAAGAAUCGGGAGAUGACUGAAUUAGCAGAAAGUUGAUUUCCCUGUGAUUAGGUUCUAAGGUAUGUAAAAGGCAAAUAUGACUUUGUACGUAAGUAAAAUCUGCAUUCUCACAGUUGUGUCCAAAUUAACCAAAACACUGUCUCUAGAGAAAAUAUUUUUACAACCCAAGCAUGAGUCUCUAUGGAGACUGAUUUUCCCUUUUUUCUUAAAGCCGUCAAAUCCUUUCUAAAUUAACGAAGCAAACUGAAAUAAUACCUUAAAUAAGAGUCAGGUGGUGUGAUCUCUACAAUCCUCAUUUCUCUUCUGAAAUGAAUUUCCAUUUCAUUUUUAAAGUAUUUGGUCAUUGAAGAUGCUGUUCCCAGGCUAUCAGUGGCCCUGUUUCUGCCUUUCUUUCUCUUGUAAGAAAAGGCAGCUAUCUAUGCCACAGAAGACAGUAUACUCCCUGCUGGCGGAUAGACCGAGUCUCUGAUUUGAGCCAUGCAGAAGACGAAUCAAUGGUAUUAAGCCUUCUAAGCCUUGAAAUUAAGGGAGUUACCAGCAGGAGCCUUAAGAUUUUGAUUUAUGUCAGAUCCUAAUUUUAUCAUUAGUCUCAUUUGUAGUUCUUCCAUCUUCUCUUAACACUGAUUCAUGUUGCUGAAACAUAGGCUUAGUACUGUGUUCCGGCAAAAUGAUCCUGACGUAUAAGCAGCUGCAGUAAAUUAUACGCCAGAGGGGACAGGCCUGGCGUGCCCACUCACCUAUGCACUCAGCUGUGAGUGUCCCUUGCAUCUUGUCCAGAUGCCAUUUCAGCUUUGUACUUCUGUCAGUUAGAGACUAGUAAGUAUUUAAGCAGUGUGGUUGAGCAAAUUUAAUGCCAGUCACCUUUGACCACUCCCCUUUCAAAAACAGCUUUGUAAUUUAUGCCCCAAUUUUCUGGCAUUGAAAGAUAACUUGAGUAACUUGUAACUGCUUUAAAAUAGCAUGAAAUUAUGAAACAAUCGUAAUUUUGUAGACAUUUUGUAGUGGACACAAGGAUGGCUGAUUUUAAAAAGGGGUAUUGAAUUUAAGAAGCAGAUACUGUACAAAACAUUGAAAUAGUGUUAACAAAGGAAGGCAUCAGUUCUGAUUUUAAGGCCACUUGCUGUGUGUGUUCAGGGAAGUUCACAGUCCAGCUUGAGAAUAACUUGGUUUAGUGCUUCCCCGAAGCUUCUGGGAGCCAGUUGGCAAGAGGGAGUAGAAAGGACAUCAGUUCUGCUCUUCUCCGAAGUGUUCAUUGAAACUAUGGAUUAGUGGGCUGGAGAUUUAGCUCAGUGGUUCCAGUGCCUGCCUAGCAAGAGCAAGGACCCAAAUUCAAUCCCCAGUACCAAAAAAAAAAAAAAAAAAAAAAAAAAAUUAUGGAUUAGUGUUCUUUCAGACACAUGUUGCCUUUAGUGUGUCACAGUGAAAUGAGUAAGAACUCCUCUCAGACUGGGAAUUUCUAAGGCUGAAGGCAGUAAUCCUGCUAAGGGAAAAAAAAA